CCCACGUUAUCUGCCGCGCUCUUCAAAUUGCCCGGCCGUGUAAUUACCAGAGCGAAGUUAAAAGCUGCACUCCACCGUCCUCCCUCUCUCGUCUCCUUCCCCUCUCUGCGUGAAACUUGACGAUGGCUGCGUGUUGUUUACCCGGGGAGUCACUUUCAGGUCGCCUCCUUCAUCCUCCUCCUCUUCCUCAGAUGUAAUCAGCUCUCAAGGGACGAUGGUGAACCCCGGAGGAAACGGCCAGCAGCAGCAGCCGCCGCCGUCGAUGUCCGGCGGCUCACUGCCGUGGAAGCGUUGCGCCGGCUGCGGCGGCAAAAUCGCCGACCGCUUCCUCCUGUACGCCAUGGACGGCUACUGGCACAGCCGCUGCCUCAAGUGCUCGUGCUGCCAGGCGCAGUUGGGCGAGAUCGGCACGUCGUGCUACACCAAGAGCGGCAUGAUCCUCUGCCGGAACGACUACAUCAGAUUAUUCGGCAACAGCGGUGCUUGCAGUGCGUGCGGUCAGUCCAUCCCCGCCAGCGAGCUGGUGAUGAGGGCGCAGGGCAACGUCUACCAUCUCAAGUGUUUCAUUUGCUCCACCUGCCGGAACCGCCUGGUGCCGGGCGACCGCUUCCACUACGUCAACGGCAGCCUGUUCUGCGAGCACGACCGACCCACGGCGCUCAUCAACGGACACUUGAGCUCGCUGCAGACCAACCCGCUACUGCCGGACCAGAAGGUGUGUUAAACGGAUGCCACGCAAGAAAGCAGGGACGUGUGCCUUCAUUUUAGCCCCUCACUCAUCCUCACCACAGACAUUUUGUGGACCUUUUUUUCCAAACUCUCCCCAAACCUGGACGGGAUACUUGCACUUAACGAGGCGGGACGCCUAAACAGAGAGACUCUCCAGGAAGAGAUUCUGACUUUUUUCCUAAAUUUCGACGGUGUCAUGUUUUCUAUUGAAGCGACAUGAUAUCAUUUUCACGAUGUGGCCGAAUUGUGAAUUUUUAAAAAAAAAUUUUUUCUUUUCUUAUCUGUUGUGUCAAACGAUGGCCACGCAAACAUACUUUGUGUAUUUGUAUGUACAGUAUGCAUGUUAAUGUCGUCGUCCCAGCACCUUCCUCCCUUUCACACCUGAAAAAAACUGAACAAAUGCUCCUAGUCAGUCAUUCAGUGGUGUAGUCUCCCGACAUUUAAAUGCCCGACAAAAGAGAUGAAUUUAUUUGUGAUAUUUUCCGAGAUAUUUGCUCCUCUGUGGUGUAUUUAAUUAAUAAAAAAAAAUUAUAUGGCCA